AGCAGGCAGCAGAGCGCGGGCCGCGUCUACACUCUCACUACACACUAUGCGCGAGCCUUACGCACACCGCCGCGCACACGUCCACCGCCACGCUCUGACCGCGGGAACAAGUGCACUGGAAAUACGGGAUUUUGAUGCAGUGGAUACGGGCAACCUUGGCUUUUUGCUCCAUAUGAGGAAGAAAAUCGUGAAUGCUCCUUAUCUCCUCCUGAGUUUGUUUACAAGUUUGAAUUUGUGCUCUGGUAAAUUUGGCCAACCCAUCACAGACGAUGUGAGGACACUGGCUUUACUGAAGCAGAAUAUCCCCUCUGAUUAUGACAUUCCUGUUCAGUACAUUCCCAAAGAAGUGGCUGGCAGGUGCUGGGUCGUGUUGAACAUUUACCCUCUGGAGCAGAGUCUCAGAAGGCUGUCCGACAUGUUUGGAGCCAUCUCGUCCAAUAAAGACAACAUCGUGGUUUUCAUCGCUAUGCUCAAGAGUUUGCGCUUCACGUUUGACCACGAGGAACUGGAAACAGCCAUGCAGCUCUUCCAGUGCCACUAUCAGGACGGCUCCCUCUUGACCAGUCUUUAUUUUGACUACAUCAAUGAUGUUUUAAAUACAGCGUCAGAAGAAACGUCCAGCUUCUCCUGCAAACCUCCUCCAUGCCUCAACUCUCACACUUCUCCAGGAAGCCAUGAGGGGGGACAUCCAAAAAGCAGAAUAGUAUUGCUCCUGGUGCUUAUCCCCAUCACAGGUUGUGUUGUCCUCGUGGUGUGGUUGGUCAAGUCCAAGAGGCCGUCUGCAGCCGGCAACUCUGAAAAUAACCCAGCGCCACCUUCUGACACCAUCUCGAGUGUGUCUAUCUCCGUCCCACUCCAAACAAUCGCCCACCACAGAGCAGCAGAGGAGGCCGCCCUGGAGCACCAAAGUGGAUGAAACGCAAUUAAUGCACGUAAAAAGAUGGAAAAAGCAGCCUGAGGACUAUAUAAAUGUAUGCAGGCUUAUCCACAGAGGCUUCACCACUGCGGUCGCAACUCUUUCUCCACUUCCACACACUCAAGUGCAUGGGCCGGUUAGUGCACUUAUAAGACCAAGGGAACAUGCAGAGUGCCCUAUGGCGGCUAAGUGUCUGCCAAAGUGUGUUUCAUGUUGUGGAUGUGUUUUAACAGUCUUGCUAAUGCUAAAAAGUCAUUCCUGUUUUGAACUACAAACAACAUGGUGGAGAGAGUUCUGACCAGAUGGUACAAGUCUGCAAGGUUUCAUUUUUGGACUAAUCCAUUUAUGAACUGCUGGUUACACAGACUACUGUAUUGUGAAGGGUAACUAGAGUUUGCGGUCAGCUCAAAGAAUUCAUAUAGAAAGGCAACAAUGGUGUCUUUAUGAGUGUGUAAAGCACCCUAAAACUGGUGAAAACUUGUUGAGAAAAACAAGCCUGAAUCUGGGCUACUGUUGUCAGCUGUCUGUUGACGUUGCUAUGAUCUGUCAUAAACUGCAAACCUGUUCUGGUCACAAACAAGUGGCUGAGCACUUGGACAAAUGUGGGCCUCUGUGUAUUGAAGAUAUGACCAGAUGGCACAUCGCCAUCACCACGGGGUCCUUGAAUCCUGUCAUUGUGUUUCAAAGCAUCACCAGUGAUCUAAAGCUGCUGCUGCAGUGUUUGAGUGUUCACUUACUGAGUCAGAGCCAGUCAGUCAUGAGAGCAUGACUCCUCCAGUGAGCGCCCUAUACUGUAUGUGUCAGAGGAGAGAGAGGAAGAGAGAGAAGAGAGAGAGGAAGAGGACAGGAAAGGAGAGAGAUAGAGAUAGUGAGAUGGAUGGACAGAUGAGCUCAGACACAGACAUAAGGGAGACUUGUUCCUCUCACAAAAGGCUGGCCGUAGGCAGGAGGAAAUGCCUCUUACAAACAGCACUGAAGUCGGCAGAUCCCCAUGAAUCAAUGGGCUAAGAAUCUCUCCAGACCGCAGGCAAAGUGGCCCCAUCCCCAGCGGUGGUUUUCCACAACAAUUAUCUGUGUUCAGAUCAUGUACAUUCAAAACAAACUGGAAAAGCACUCAUAUCUUUGUAUUAAGUGUGUUUACAAUGCAGUAGACAAAGUCUGCAAUAUCUGGACCAAUGUGUGUGAAUGUUGUGAAAACAUUAUGUGGGUUUUAUUAUGGUGGUUUUAUUUAUGAAAUAACUUUUUAUACAUUUUAAACAUGGAAACAAAUGCUAAAUGUGAUGAUUUGUAAAUUUAUAACAGGGUGUUUUUUUUUUUCUUUUAAAAAUUAUACUUAUGUUUGUGCAUAUAUAGGGCAGGUUAUAAUAUUUAGUCAUAUGGCCACUUAGGCCACUGUUUCUUGUAAUUACUGUGUGCAAAACUGAAAUGUGAAACUUUUUACCCAUGUAAAACUAUUUAUCAACAUGGUCAAUUUCAAGAUUUAACUAUUUGAAACAA